GGCUGGUGUCGGUGUCCAGCGGAAGGUGGGUGGGUGUGGGUAGGCAUGGUAGGUCUCUCCAAACCCAUCGAUUUGGCCUUUGUCGUCCGUUUGCACUUGGUUGAGAUGCCCUCAAUAACCCUCGAAGAUAGCCAGCUCUUAUACGAUUACUUCUUCUAAUUAUCUCACUAAUCGCUUUGACAACAAUAACUACCAGGAGAAUCUUUCAAGAUAUGAAGCCAGGAAGUCCGAACACUGAGAACGUUAAAAUGAUCUCUAGCGUGUCUGACCAGCAAGACGAACAACCUAUCGACUAUCAAUACGGCUACUCCAUGACUGAUGAUGCAUCCAAUUCGACCUCAGACAGCUACUCAAUUGUGUCUUUAUCACCGGAAGUAGAUCAUUCUCUGCAGACGAUCAUUAAUGAAGCAAACGAAAGCAAUGGCCGAUUAACAACUUCCUCUCCCGAAAGUCCCAUGCAGGCAAUACAAGUCGAUCUCACUCCAAGGACCAAAGUCGGGUUUGAGAGAGAGGCUGCUUGGCUACGCGAGCAACUCGAUCGUGCCCAAAGAGAUCUCGCUGCGUCUAUAAAUCAGAAUUUGCUAUUACAUUUCCGUAUACAGAGACUGCAGACACAGCUUGUAGAUGAACACAAGGAGCGUAACGAACAAGAGGCUCUUCUUCAAGAAGCUCAGCAAAAGGCGUACAGCCUCCUGGACCAUGCAACAUGGGAAUCUGACACCGAGAAAACCAUACGCCGUCUUGAUCAAUUUGGAAAACAUAUCCAGCAGUGGUGCAAACAAUACUCUGUCAAAUUGGCACUUCAUGAAGUAGCAGACACAGAGGCCGUCCGGAAGGUUCUCGGACGUCUAAUACCAGUGGGCAAAGAUGCUAAUUCAUUUAACGAGAUGGGGCUGAAAUCUACGGGAAUGGUGCUACAGGCAUGCCUCACAGAUUAUCUUUUCCGAAUGACCAUUGAAAACCCGUUCUAUUUCUUCGAUAGCAGAAUGCAAGUAGAUGUCAACACACUGACCAAUCAAACAGCAAAUGAAGGAAUGCUAAGUAAAGAGUUAGUCGGCACUUAUUUUGACGCAUUUUCAUGUGAGUAGGGCUUCCUAUUUUUAAUUGAGCCACAAGUUUUGACAAGAGCAGAUGACGAGUCAGAAGCUAACAAAUGGCGAGCUCACACUUUGAGACUUCUUUGCCCGCGGUCCAACACCCAAGAU